CGGAGCGGCUCCGCCUUCCGGCCGGGCGCCCCUGGGGAGUGCGUCCCUCAGGGCACGGGGGUCCCGCUCCGCUGCCGCGCCGGGCCGCCCUGGGCCAUGUCCAAGUCCCUGAAGAAGAUCGUGGAGGAGAGUAGGGAGAAGAACCAGCCCGAGGUGGACAUGUGUGACCGGGGCAUCUCUAACAUGCUGGACGUCUCUGGCUUGUUCACUUUGUCCCACAUCACACAGCUGGUUCUCAGUCACAACAAGCUCACAACUGUGCCACCAAACAUCGCAGAUCUGAAGAAUUUAGAAGUGCUUAACUUUUUCAACAACCAGAUUGAGGAGCUGCCUACGCAGAUUAGCAGCCUUCAGAAGCUCAAACACCUGAACCUUGGCAUGAACAGGUUAAAUACCUUGCCUAGAGGAUUUGGAUCUUUACCAGCUCUGGAGGUUCUUGACUUGACUUAUAACAACUUAAAUGAAAAUUCCCUGUCUGGAAACUUCUUCUAUCUGACCACCCUGCGUGCACUCUAUCUAAGUGACAACGAUUUUGAAAUCCUGCCGCCAGAUAUUGGGAAGCUCACAAAGUUGCAGAUACUGAGCCUUAGGGACAAUGACCUGAUAUCACUACCUAAAGAAAUUGGUGAACUCACUCAGCUUAAGGAACUUCAUAUCCAGGGAAACCGUCUUACUGUGCUGCCCCCAGAACUAGGUAAUUUGGAUUUGACUGGUCAAAAACAAGUCUUCAAAGCAGAGAAUAAUCCCUGGGUUACCCCUAUAGCAGAUCAGUUCCAGCUGGGAGUGUCUCAUGUUUUUGAAUAUAUUCGUUCAGAAACAUAUAAGUAUGUAGAGUGUUUCUCCUCCAUUAUAUGCCAAGUCCUGAACUCACUGAAGUCAAUGGCAGAACUUCUAUUGAUUUUAUUGGAAGCAGAAUCAAGCCUAUUGUUCACCAUCACUGCAUCUAAAUGAAAGCUUGGGAAGGAGAGCCGCACAUUGAGGAUAUUAGGCCUUGAAACCAGGUUGAUAGAGACCCAGGAAGUCAGAAGUAUCAGAUGGUGCCAGAGUUUUGUUCCACUGUAGUCUUCUCCAUAGCCAUCCCCAAACAGUGAAGAUUUUAAAAUUGGACAAGGUCUUUAAUGUUAAAUGAGCAAAGGUUUAACCAGUGCUUGUUAGAGGUGAUCAGCAUCUUGUUCUUAUGGAGUGGGACAUAUUUAACAAUUCACAUCAGCAGUGGACCAAAGUCCUCUCGGCUGGCUUUCACCAGCUGUAACGGCUGUGAGCUCAUCUUGCCUGGUCGUGCUCUUCAUCACCUCAAAUUCAUCUAGGACUGUUGAAAAUGAAAUCAGGUGAAAUGCAGCCAGCAAAGCGCUUAUUAAUUAUUUGUUAUGAUUUGUUAGUUCAAAGGGAGCACAGUCCUUUUCUCAAAAUGCUUAUGAUCUAUAAAUAUUGUAUGUCUACUUGUGUUCUGAUACUGUUCCCAUUUGUGGUCAAGUUUGUUUUGAGAACCUGGCUCUAAAGAAAGGUAAAUAUCAGAACAGUGUGUUGUGCUAUCUCAAUAACUGGUGCAGUUUGCUGAUUGCUCAAUUACAUUUUAACAGUAUGAUCUCAGUAAUGAAGAGCUGACUAGUAAGUAUAGUUUGGUAUAAUUCCCCAAGUACUCUUGAAAUAUAACACAGCAAGAAAGAGUAUAAUGAAAAAUAAUGGAGAGGUAGCUGGGGGCUUACCUUAUGAUCU